CAGGUGCUGCUCUGCUGCCACCAUGCCGGAAGUUGAGAGAAAAUCCAAGAUCACUGCCUCACGCAAGCUCUUGCUGAAGAGCCUGAUGCUGGCCAAGGCCAAGGAAUGCUGGGAGCAGGAACACGAGGCACGUGAGGCUGAGAAGGCACGCUACCUGGCUGAACGCAUCCCUGCGCUACAGACCCGUGGCUUGUCACUCAGCGCCCUGCAGGACCUGUGCCGGGAGCUACAUGCCAAGGUGGAGGUGGUGGAUGAGGAGCGCUAUGACAUCGAGGCCAAAUGCCUCCAUAACACCAGGGAGAUUAAGGACCUGAAGCUCAAGGUGCUGGACCUCCGUGGGAAAUUCAAGCGCCCGCCACUGCGUCGGGUUCGGGUCUCGGCCGAUGCCAUGCUGCGGGCCCUGCUGGGCUCCAAGCACAAGGUGUCCAUGGAUCUGCGGGCCAACCUAAAGUCCGUGAAGAAGGAGGACACAGAGAAGGAGCGGCCCGUGGAGGUAGGCGACUGGAGGAAGAAUGUGGAGGCCAUGUCUGGGAUGGAGGGCCGCAAGAAAAUGUUCGAUGCUGCCAAGUCCCCGACCUCACAGUAGAGGUGCCUGACACCCCCUCCCUGUUCCCUGGGUACCCACAGAG